UAGCGAAGAGACAAAGAUACCCUUGAAAGAAACUCAGUUAUUCAUAAACCCAAUCUUUUGCCCAAUAUCAUCUCUCUUCAAUAGAGACCAAUGAUCUCUCUGUCUCGGUCUGUCUCUCAUCCAAGUCACAAUAUCGAAACCCAUGCUGAAAUGCUCUCUCCAUCUACCGCUGCUAUAUCCAAAUCCAUUCUUCUCUGCUUAUUUUCUCACUUGUCACCCAAUAGAGCUUCUCUGCUCAUCCAUUGUAGCAAAACCCUUUAACUCCAAUUAUCUCUAUAAUGGAAGGUACUUUCUUUCCAUCCAGACCAGCAUAUCCCCUUCCAACAAACAGACCAAUACAACCAAGCCCUCCUGUGAAAUUCAAUUCAACAACAUUGCCACCCCCUCCUCAGACUCCAUCUCCUCCAUUUCCUAUUGACUCCCUUCUCCAGCACCUUCUGAGCCUCUCUUCACCACCUAACACUCCCCCCAAGCUCAAACCUUUAAACCCACCUCAGCAAACCAAUGGCAAUUUCCCUUCUCUUCAAAUUUCAGUUGAUUCAACCCCAAAACAGCAUCAUCAACUGAAGAAAGCGGCUUCAAUUUUGGUCCCAAAUUUUGAGGACGAUAAAGUAGAGGUGAAACCAGAAGAUGGGCUUCUUGACUUUUUGACAAUAAAGGGUAAGUUGAUGUUCAGUUCCAUUGUAGAGCAGCCUUUGCAUAGUUUGAAUGAUUUCUUUGAUUCUGCUAAGUUUGAGUUGUUUGAAGUUGAUUUGAUUAGUCUCUUGAAAGCAUUGGACCUCUCUGGCAAUUGGGAAAGAGCCCUUUUGUUGUUCGAAUGGAUUCUGUCCAACUUAAGCUCAGAAAAUUUGAAAUUAAAUAAUCCGAUGAUUGAACUAAUGGUUAGAAUUCUUGGUAGAGAGUCACAGCAUACGAUUGCAUCAAAAUUGUUUGAUGUGAUUCCUAUAGAGAAAUACUCAUUAGAUGUUCGAGCUUACACGACUAUCAUUCACGCUCAUUCUCGUACUGGCAAGUAUGAACGUGCAAUUGACCUGUUUAACAAAAUGGUGGAGCUUGGUCUCUCACCAACUUUGGUCACAUACAAUGUCAUGCUUGAUGUUUAUGGGAAGAUGGGUCGAUCUUGGAAUAAAAUUUUAGGCCUCUUGGAGGACAUGAGGAGCAAAGGAUUUGAAUUUGAUGAGUUUACUUGUAGUACGGUGAUAUCUGCUUGUGGAAGAGAGGGGUUGUUGAAUGAGGCAAAAGAGUUCUUUGCUGGAUUAAAGUCACAAGGCUAUGUACCAGGAACUGUUACCUACAAUGCUUUGUUACAAGUUUUCGGCAAGGCGGGGGUAUUUACAGAGGCCUUGAGUAUAUUAAAAGAAAUGGAGGACAACAAUUGCCCACCUGAUGCUGUUACUUACAAUGAGCUUGUGGCAGCUUAUGUGAGGGCAGGAUUCUCUGAGGAAGGUGCAUCUGUCCUAGAAACCAUGACCCAAAAAGGAACAAUGCCAAAUGCUGUUACAUACACGACUGUGAUAAAUGCAUAUGGUAAAGCUGGAAAGGAGGAAGAGGCUCUAAGGUUGUUCAACCAUAUGAAGGCGACAGGCUGUGUUCCUAAUGUUUGUACCUACAAUGCUGUCCUUGGAAUGCUCGGAAAAAAAUCACUACCAGAGGAGAUGAUAAUGCUGCUUUGUGAAAUGAAGGCAAGUGGAUGUGCCCCUAACCGUAUUACCUGGAACACAAUGCUUGCCAUGUGUGGGGAUAAGGGUAGGCACAAAUAUGUGAAUCGGGUCUUUCGAGAAAUGAAGAAUUGUGGUUUUGAGCCUGACAGGGACACAUUUAAUACCUUGAUCAGUGCAUAUGGACGGUGUGGGUCGGAAAUAGAUGCUGCACAGAUGUACGAUGAGAUGAUCAAAGCAGGAUUUACUCCAUGUGUUACAACUUACAAUGCACUUCUAAAUGCUCUGGCUCGGCGAGGGGACUGGAAAGCAGCAGAAUCUGUUGUUGUAGACAUGAGAAGUAAGGGCUUCAAGCCUAAUGAAACCUCAUAUUCAUUGAUGAUCAAUUGCUAUGCUAAGGGAGCGAAUGUGAAGGGGAUAGAGAGAAUUGAGAGAGAAAUUUAUGAUGGUCAUAUUUUUCCUAGCUGGGUUCUUUUAAGAACUCUUGUUCUUGCAAACUUCAAGUGUAGAGCACUGAAGGGUAUGGAGAGGGCAUUCCAGAAAUUGCAGAGCAAUGGAUACAAACCUGACUUGGUUCUAUACAAUUCGAUGCUUUCAAUUUUUGCUAGAAACAACAUGUAUGACCGGGCAAAUGACAUGUUGUACAUGAUUCGUGAAAACGGCCUUCAGCCAGAUCUUGUAACCUACAAUAGCUUGAUGGACAUGUAUGCCAGAAAGGGAGAGUGUUGGAAAGCAGAAGAAAUACUUAUGGCCCUACAAAAAUCUGGUGGGAAACCAGACCUAGUCUCUUAUAACACUGUCAUCAAAGGGUUUUGCAGGCAAGGGCACAUGCAGGAGGCCAUAAGAAUUCUCUCCGAGAUGACAGCCAGAGGGAUUCGGCCGUGUAUCUUUACCUACAAUACUUUUAUCACAGGCUAUGCAGGGCAGGGAAUGUUCUCAGAAAUAGAUGAAGUGAUUAGCUAUAUGACUCAGAACAAUUGCAAGCCCAAUGAGCUAAGCUACAAGAUUGCAGUGGAUGGUUAUUGUAAAGCAAGAAAGUAUAAAGAAGCCAUGGACUUUCUCUCAAAGAUUAAGGAGAUUGAUAAUUCUUUUGAUGAUCAAUAUGUGCAAAGACUUGCUUCCCGCAUUAGGGGUAAUUUGGAAUCAUAACUUCAUCAUGUAUCACUGUUGGUUUGGAUUUGCUUCUUGUUUCGGGAUGUGCUGGUCAGUACUGAAAAAAGGCUUGUGAACUAAUUUUCCAGCUACUUUGUUCAAUUUGCAAUGGAUAAGUCAGACAGGUAGUCAAAGUUAUAUGGAAUCUUGACAUGGAAGACAAAUUAUGGGUUUCAGCUUCUGAAUUCAAACCUAUCAACUGCUUUUCUGUGCAAUUGUUGCAAAUUGAUAGUGGUACAAAUUAAAAGCUCAAGAACCAGUUUGAGUGGAGUUCUUUUGAUCCCAAGACCUGCAUAACAGGGUUUCAAAGAGACGUUUGUUACUUUGUUGUUGGGUAUGUGUAUGAAAUUUUUAAGGCUAAAUUAUUGAAAUACCCCAUGCAAGUCAAUUUCAGUCUCAGUUUCCCCCUGAAAAGGGAAACUGGUUUACUGCUUUUGAUUAGAAAAGGGGAGCUGGUUUAUAUGUUUUUAUUUUAUUAGAGAUAUGAAGCUGCUGGGGAUUAUGUUUUGAUGUAAAAAUAUGUUUUUUAUGGCAAUUGUGUUGAUUGCUUUUGAUUAGAAAAGAGCUGAUGGUUUAUA